AUGACCAACAGCUUCUCGGGCGAGUACGCAGACGAGAAGGCGGUGAUUGAGCAGGUCGAGAACAUCCAACAGCUCCACUCGCAAAUCGACACGAAUGCUGAGAAGCGCCUGCUUCGCAAGCUCGACUUUAUCAUCUUGCCGCAGGUCACGCUGCUCUUCCUGUUCAACUUUAUUGACCGAUCUGCCAUCGGAAACGCCCAACCCGCCGGCUUCGCCAAAGAUGUGCACCUCAAGACGUCGCCUCCGCAGCUCAACAUCGCCUUGAUGAUCUUCUACAUCUUUUAUAUCAUUAUCGAGAUCCCCUCCAACCUUAUCCUUAAGAAGAUCGGCUCCGUCUGGCUCUCCAUCCUCUGCCUCUGCUUCGGCGCCGUCACCAUCGGCAGCGCGUUCAUCUCCAACUUUGGCGAGUUCGUCGGAGUUCGCAUCUUGUUGGGCAUCUUCGAGGGUGGAGUCAUUCCCGGCAUUGUCUACCUCUUGACCCGCUUCUACACCCGCGCUGAGCUCGCCUUCCGCAUCGGUGUCUUCCUUUCGUGGGGACCUGGCUUGUCUGGCGCCUUUGGUGGUCUCCUCGCCGCCGGUCUGCUCAAUGCCAAGGUCGCUGACCUCGUCCGCUGGGAGAAGAUCUUCGUCGUUGAGGGCAUCAUUACGAUGAGUCUCGGCUUGAUCACGAUCUUUACGCUCCCGACCUCGCCGGAGAAGACCAAGUGGCUCAACGAGGAGGAGCGCGCCCUCGCCGUCCGCCGUCUCGAGAUCGAGCACCUCGGCACCACUCACGAGCCUACGACGCCUCGUCUCGUACUCAAGGCGUGCUUGAACUGGCGGACGUGGUUGGCUGUCGCCGGUUACUCGUUCAUCAAUGUCAUCGUCCAGGGGACCUCAAUUUUCCUCCCUACCAUCAUCAACGGCCUCGGCAAGUACAGCGCGACCCAGGUCCAGUUGCGGACAGUUCCUCCCUACAUCGUCGCUAGUGCCUGGGCCUUCGGCAUCUCGUACUGCGCCUGGAAGACCCGUGUGCACGGUUACUUCGUCGCUGGUUCGACCGUCCUCUCCAUCGUCGGCUACAUCAUGUUCCUGGCGUCGAAGGACCCAAAGGUUCUCUACGGCGCUUCCUUCCUCACUUUCACCGGCGCUCUCCCUUGCGGCCCCCUCUUCCUUGCCUGGGCGACCGCCAACGCCGGAACGCCUACCGCACGCGCCGUCACGUCCGCCAUCGUCCCUGCGUGGGGCUCGCUUGGCUCCAUCAUCUGCACAUGGCUCUACUUGCCCCAGUACAAGCCCAGAUAUAUCCCCGGAAACGCCUUCAACGUUUUCUCGGCCGCCAUCUCCUGCAUCAUCGGCCUCACCUGCUCGCUCUACGCCAGCUGGGAGAACAAGCAGCGCGAGGCUGGCAGGCGCGACUGGCGCCUCGACGGCAAGUCGGAGCAGGAAAUCAAGGAGUUGGGCGAGAUGCACCCAAGGUAUAAGCUCAUGUCUUGA